AUGAACUUCUCUGUUCCCGACUUCAAUGCCGCGGCGGCCAUGAUGCCGCCACGGUCAUUGUCGAAAAUCCUACUAUCGGCACCAUGGAAGCAGAUUGUCUUCCCCGCAGCUUUGCUAUAUAUCUGUGUAUGCCGGGUGUUCCGCUUCAGUCGCGAAAAUGGUCUCCGGCGUAGACUCGGCUACCCUGACCGAGCAUCGCUCGCGAAAAUGACCGUCGUCGAUGCUCAACAGAUUAUCAAGUUUUUGAACGUGUGGGAGACACCCCUAUUCCAGUUCUUAGCUCUAGAGUUUGGGUUGUUCAAGACGUAUGGGGUUGAGAGCAUAAGUCGUAUACUUUUAGCGACAGGGAAUUUGACAGAUCCGGUCAGAAGCCCCAAAAGGUUAGUAUACUUCAUGUCUCCAUUGUCUGCAGAACAGAUGGAGCUAAGAUCUAGAUAUCUUGUGGAGAUAUUCCACAAGAAGAUCUAUAAGAUCGGCCCACUAAUACCCUUUGAUGGAUUCGAGGAUACCGCGGUCUUGAUCGGCGAGUUCAUGAUGAACCCGCCAACUACGGAGCGGGCUGUACAAGGUAUAGCACGCAUGAACUUCUUACAUAGCAAGUACAUCAAGGAGGGAACCAUUUCGAACAACGAUCUGCUAUAUACAUUGUCCGUUUUCAUAACAGAGCCAGAGCGCUUCGCCCGGUUGUAUGAUUGGAGACCCUUGAAUGAGAUGGAGUACUGUGCGCACGGUGUCUUCUGGAAAAGCGUCGGCGACGCCAUGAACAUCGAGUAUAAGGGCUGCCUCGCUCGUGCUGAAAAGGGCUGGCAUGAUGGCAUCGAGUUUGCUGAGGAUGUUACGGCAUGGGCCAAAAGCUAUGAGGUCGUUGCCAUGAAACCUAGUACUGUAUGUGCGAAGCCGGCGAGGACGCUGAUACCUAUGAUAACGUAUUGGGUGCCGUGGUUCGCGAAGCCAUUUAUGACCCAGAUCGUGCUGAGUCUUAUGGGGGAGAGGGUGCGAGAUGCUUUUAUGCUGCCUGAACCCAAUAUUACAGCGAUUGCCAUUACCCACACCCUCCUCGUAGUCCGGCGUUUUGUGGUGCGGUAUCUAACACUACCACGCUUCUUCGAGCUCAAGCGACUUAACCCCCAGGAUCCAAAAACUGGUCGCAUGACGCAGGUUAUUCCGUACGGUAAUUUCCCCUUUUACAUCAAACCGACACUAUGGAACCGUUGGGGUCCUCUGGCAUGGGCUAUCUGGAUGUAUGGUGGUAAGGUACCGGGAGACAACCAUGAGGAAUACAUGCCUGAGGGGUACCUGUUCUCCGACAUAGGUCCUAAGAAGCGCAUGGGUCAAGGUAUUAAAGAGACGGAGGCUGAUGCAGAGAGGAUAAGGGCUAGUGGAUGGAGUGGCUGUCCCUUCUAG